UUCAAUUGAUCACACGUCGUUGUCCAAGUCCAAGCCAAGAUACAAGCUUCGUCAUCGUCCCACACAGUUGAACUUGAAGUUUUUACCACAAGAUAUAAUCGUUUAAAAACAUUAAAAGACCUGUGUUUUUUCCAAAACAGAGUUUAUCAAUUAAAGUUGCGUUUAGGCCACUUUUAAAAGGCAAAAUGCAAAUAAUUCAUACACCUUUAUUACUUUUCCUGGGAAUUUGUUUUCUCAUCAACCUGGAUGAAUCGUCUGCUGGAAAAGUUAAGUUACUAGCCUUUAAGGGACCCCAUGCCGGAUUUGUGGGUCUCAAGGUUCGCACUCCCAAGUUGCUGGGCCUAAAAAGCGGAUUGGUGGGUGGAGCAGCCGGAUUUGGACUCGGUGCGGCGGUUGGCGCUAAAUUGGGCGCAGGAUUAGCCGGAUUAAAAAGCCAUGCUGGAGGUCUGGCAGGUGGUGUUGGAGGAGGCUAUGGAGGAGGAUAUGGCGGAGGAUAUGGCGGAGGAUACGGCGGAGGAUACGGUGGAGGAUAUGGCGGAGGAUAUGGCGGAGGAUACGGAAGGAGCAGCGGAUACGAACACCAUGAGUACCACGAAAGCCACCACAGUGAAGGAUCCAGUUACGGUGGUGGGGGCGGCCAGUGGUAAAAGUAGUGAUUAUUAGUGAUUAUUCAUGUCCUAGCCAUCAGAAUCAAACAUUAAUUUUAUUUAGAUGUAAUUCAUUUGUUCAUUUACGCCAGUAAUAAAAAUGUAGUUAUAAACCGUUCGCAACUAUGUUUUCUUAUAUCUAACUACACUUAUUAGCCCAAUAAAAUAACAUUUUAAAUGAGUUCCAUGUA